GCGACCGCAGAGCAGCUCCGGCCGCGGUUCUGUUAGCAGCGAGUUCGAUCCCCGCUCCCCGUGCGCUUUGGUUCUCGCUCCCCGGCGCUUGGGCCUCCCAUCUCAGCCAGAUCCCGGCAGUUCGCUGCGCAUCGCCUCUCCGCCGCCAGGAUGCCGGUCACCGAGAAGGACCUGGCGGAGGACGCCCCGUGGAAGAAGAUUCAGCAGAACACAUUCACGCGCUGGUGCAACGAGCACCUCAAGUGCGUGAACAAGCGUAUCGGGAACCUGCAGACCGACCUGAGCGACGGGCUGCGGCUCAUUGCGCUGCUGGAGGUGCUCAGCCAGAAGCGCAUGUACCGCAAGUACCACCAGCGGCCCACCUUCCGCCAGAUGCAGCUCGAGAAUGUGUCGGUGGCACUCGAGUUCUUGGACCGCGAGAGCAUUAAGCUCGUGUCCAUCGAUAGCAAAGCCAUUGUGGAUGGGAACCUGAAGCUCAUCUUGGGCCUGGUGUGGACCCUGAUCCUCCAUUACUCCAUCUCCAUGCCUGUGUGGGAGGAUGAAGGGGAUGAUGAUGCCAAGAAGCAGACGCCGAAACAGAGGUUGUUGGGGUGGAUCCAGAACAAGAUCCCCUAUUUGCCUAUCACCAACUUUAACCAGAACUGGCAAGAUGGCAAAGCUCUGGGGGCCCUGGUGGACAGCUGUGCUCCGGGCUUGUGCCCAGACUGGGAAUCCUGGGAUCCUCAGAAGCCUGUGGAUAAUGCACGAGAAGCCAUGCAGCAGGCAGAUGACUGGCUGGGUGUCCCACAGGUCAUCACUCCUGAAGAGAUUAUUCACCCAGAUGUGGAUGAGCACUCAGUGAUGACUUACCUGUCCCAGUUCCCUAAAGCCAAGCUCAAACCUGGGGCUCCUCUUAAACCCAAACUCAACCCGAAAAAGGCCAGGGCUUAUGGUAGAGGUAUCGAGCCCACUGGAAACAUGGUAAAGCAGCCAGCCAAGUUCACUGUGGACACCAUCAGUGCUGGGCAAGGAGACGUGAUGGUGUUCAUUGAGGACCCAGAAGGGAACAAAGAGGGGGCACAGGUGACUCCGGACAGCGACAAGAAUAAGACAUACUCUGUGGAAUAUUUGCCCAAGGUGACCGGGCUGCACAAAGUCACAGUCCUCUUUGCUGGACAGCACAUCUCCAAGAGUCCAUUCGAAGUGAAUGUCGAUAAGGCCCAGGGUGAUGCUAGCAAAGUCACGGCAAAAGGCCCAGGCCUGGAGGCCUCAGGCAACAUUGCCAAUAAGCCCACUUACUUUGAUAUCUACACAGCAGGUGCAGGUGUGGGUGACAUUGGUGUGGAGGUAGAAGACCCCCAAGGCAAGAACACUGUGGAGUUGCUUGUGGAAGACAAGGGGAACCAGGUUUACCGUUGUGUGUACAAACCCAUGCAGCCUGGCCCUCAUGUGAUCAAGGUCUCCUUUGCUGGGGACACCAUUCCUAAGAGUCCUUUUAUUGUGCAGGUUGGAGAAGCCUGUAGUCCAAAUGCCUGCCGGGCUAGUGGCCGAGGCCUGCAACCCAAAGGCAUUCGCAUCCGGGAGACGGCUGACUUCAGAGUGGACACCAAAGCUGGUGGCAGUGGGGAGCUCAGUGUGACUGUCAAGGGUCCAAAGGGCCUGGAGGAGCUGGUGAAGCAGAAGGGCUUUCAGGAUGGAGUCUAUGCGUUUGAAUACUACCCCAGCACCCCCGGAAAAUACAGCAUUGCUAUUACAUGGGGGGGACACCACAUUCCAAAGAGCCCUUUUGAAGUUCAAGUGGGUCCUGAAGCAGGCAUGCAGAAAGUUCGAGCUUGGGGGCCUGGCCUCCAUGGCGGGAUUGUUGGACGAUCAGCCGACUUUGUAGUUGAGUCUGUUGGCUCUGAAGUGGGCUCUCUAGGGUUUGCCAUUGAAGGCCCCUCCCAAGCAAAGAUUGAGUAUGAUGACCAGAAUGACGGAUCUUGUGAUGUCAAGUACUGGCCCAAAGAGCCUGGUGAAUAUGCUGUUCACAUCAUGUGUGAUGACGAAGACAUCAAGGACAGUCCGUACAUGGCCUUUAUCCACCCGGCCUCCGGAGACUACAACCCAGACCUGGUCCAGGCUUAUGGGCCAGGUUUGGAGAAGUCUGGCUGCAUCGUCAACAACCUGGCUGAGUUUACUGUGGACCCUAAGGAUGCAGGAAAAGCUCCCUUAAAGAUAUUUGCUCAAGACGGGGAAGGUCAGCCCAUCGAUAUUCAGAUGAAGAGCCGGAUGGACGGCACAUACGCCUGUUCAUACACCCCAUUGAAGCCCAUCAAGCAUACCAUUGCUGUGGUCUGGGGUGGCGUGAACAUCCCUCAUAGCCCCUACAGGGUCAACAUUGGGCAGGGUAGCCAUCCCCAGAGGGUUAAAGUGUUUGGGCCAGGUGUGGAGAGAAGUGGACUGAAAGCAAAUGAGCCCACUCACUUCACAGUGGACUGCACUGAAGCUGGGGAAGGUGAUGUCAGUGUUGGCAUUAAAUGUGAUGCCCGGGUAUUAAGUGAGGAUGAAGAAGACGUGGAUUUUGACAUUAUUCACAACGCCAAUGACACGUUUACCGUCAAAUACGUGCCUCCCGCAGCUGGGCGGUACACCAUCAAGGUUCUCUUUGCAUCUGAGGAAAUCCCCGCCAGUCCUUUCAGAGUCAAAGUUGACCCUUCCCAUGAUGCCAGUAAAGUGAAGGCAGAAGGCCCAGGACUCAGCAGAGCAGGUGUGGAAAACGGGAAACCAACCCACUUCACUGUCUAUACCAAAGGGGCUGGGAAAGCCCCACUCAAUGUGCAGUUUAGCAGCCCCCUUCCUGGCGAUGCAGUGAAGGAUUUGGACAUCAUCGACAACUAUGACUACUCCCACACCGUUAAAUAUACACCCACACAGCAGGGCAAUAUGCAGGUACUGGUGAUGUAUGGUGGUGAUCCUGUCCCUAAAAGCCCUUUUACUGUGGGUGUUGCUGCUCCACUGGAUCUGAGCAAGAUAAAAAUCAGUGGACUAGAAAAUAGAGUUGAGGUUGGGAAGGAUCAGGAAUUUGCCAUCGACACCAAUGGGGCCGGUGGCCAGGGGAAGCUGGACGUGACCAUUCUGAGCCCCUCCAGGAAGGUGGUGCCAUGCUUGGUCUCACCCACAGCAGGCCGGGAGAGCAGCACAGCCAAAUUCAUCCCUCGGGAAGAGGGGGUUUAUGCUGUGGACGUGACCUACGAUGGGCACCCUGUGCCCGGGAGCCCUUAUGCCGUGGAGGCCUCACUGCCACCUGAUCCCACCAAGGUCAAGGCCCACGGUCCUGGACUUGCAGGUGGCAUUGUGGGCAAGCCUGCUGAGUUCACCAUCGAUACCAAAGGAGCAGGAACCGGAGGCCUGGGCUUGACUGUGGAGGGGCCGUGUGAGGCCAAGAUCGAGUGCUCAGACAAUGGUGAUGGGACCUGCUCCGUCUCUUACCUUCCCACCAAACCUGGGGAGUACUUUGUCAACAUUCUGUUUGAGGAGGUUCACAUCCCUGGCUCUCCUUUUAAAGCAGAUAUUGAAAUGCCCUUUGACCCCUCGAAAGUUGUGGCAUCCGGACCAGGCCUGGAGGGAGGGAAAGUGGGGGAAGCCGGGUUGCUCAGUGUGGACUGUUCAGAGGCGGGGCCUGGGGUGCUGGGCCUGGAAGCUGUCUCAGACUCUGGAGCCAAAGCUGAAGUCUGCAUUGAGAACAACAAAGAUGGCACCUAUGUGGUCACCUACAUGCCCCUGACUGCUGGAAUGUACACGUUGACCAUGAAGUAUGGUGGCCAGCUAGUGCCACACUUCCCCACCCGUGUCAAGGUGGAGCCCGCUGUGGACACCAGCAGGGUCAAAGUCUUCGGGCCAGGAAUAGAAGGGAAAGAUGUGUUCCGCGAAGCCACCACUGACUUCACAGUUGACUCCCGACCCCUGACUCAGGUUGGGGGUGACCACAUCAAGGCCCACAUCGCCAACCCCUCGGGGGCCUCUACUGAGUGCUUUGUCAAGGACAAUGCGGAUGGCACCUACCAGGUGGAGUACACACCCUUUGAGAAAGGUGUUCAUGUAGUGGAGGUAACAUAUGAUGAUGUGCCCGUCCUGAACAGUCCCUUCAAAGUGGCUGUGACUGAGGGUUGUCAGCCAUCUCGGGUUCAAGCGCAGGGACCUGGACUAAAAGAAGCCUUUACCCACAAGCCUAAUGUCUUCACUGUGGUGACCAGAGGGGCCGGAAUUGGUGGGCUUGGCAUAACUGUGGAAGGUCCCUCAGAGUCCAAGAUAAACUGCAGAGACAACAAAGAUGGCAGCUGCAGCGCUGAGUACAUCCCCUUUGCUCCAGGCGAUUAUGACGUGAAUAUCACCUAUGGAGGAGCCCACAUCCCAGGCAGCCCCUUCAGGGUUCCUGUGAAGGAUGUUGUGGAUCCCAGCAAGGUCAAGAUCAAUGGUCCUGGCGUGGGCUCAGGCGUCCGAGCCCAUGUCCCCCAAUUCUUCACCGUGGAUAGUAGCAAAGCUGGCCUGGCCCCACUGGAAGUGAGGGUUGUAGGCCCCCGAGCUGAUGAGACGGAUUCCCAGUCAUGGCGCAGCCCCUCGAAUGAGAGUUCAGAGUUCUUUAAAGGGGACCCGAAGGGUGACUUUAUGGAGACAGGCCUGGUGGAGCCAGUAAAUGUGGUGGACAAUGGGGAUGGCACAUACACAGUGACCUACACUCCUUCCCAGGAGGGGCCUUACAUGGUCUCAGUUAAAUAUGCAGAUGAAGAGAUUCCUCGGAGCCCCUUCAAGGUCAAGGUCCUUCCUACAUAUGAUGCCAGUAAAGUGACCGCCAGUGGCCCUGGCCUCAGUUCCUACGGUGUCCCUGCCAGUCUGCCUGUGGAGUUUGCUAUCGAUGCCAGAGAUGCUGGGGAAGGCCUGCUCGCUGUUCAGAUAACGGACCAAGAAGGAAAACCGAAAAGAGCCAUCAUUCAUGACAACAAAGAUGGCACAUACGCUGUCACCUACAUCCCUGACAAGACUGGACGCUAUAUGAUUGGGGUCACUUAUGGGGGAGAUGACAUUCCAUUAUCUCCCUACCGUAUCCGGGCCACACAGACAGGAGAUGCCAGCAAGUGCCUGGCAACAGGUCCUGGAAUCGCCUCCACUGUGAAAACUGGUGAGGAAGUGGGCUUUGUGGUUGAUGCCAAGACUGCUGGAAAGGGGAAGGUCACCUGCACUGUCCUGACCCCUGAUGGCACCGAAGCAGAGGCCGAUGUUAUCGAAAAUGAGGAUGGCACCUACGACAUUUUCUACACAGCUGCCAAGCCAGGCACCUACGUCAUCUACGUGCGCUUUGGUGGCGUUGACAUUCCCAACAGCCCCUUUACUGUCAUGGCCACGGAUGGGGAAGUCACGGCGGUGGAGGAGACGCCGGUAAAUGCAUGUGCCCCUGGAUUCAGGCCCUGGGUAACUGAAGAGGCCUAUGUCCCAGUGAGUGACAUGAAUGGCUUGGGAUUUAAACCCUUUGACUUGGUUAUUCCAUUCGCAGUCAGGAAAGGAGAAAUCACUGGUGAGGUUCACAUGCCUUCAGGGAAGACCGCUACGCCUGAGAUUGUGGACAACAAGGAUGGCACAGUGACUGUGAGAUAUGCCCCCACUGAAGUCGGACUCCAUGAAAUGCACAUCAAGUACAUGGGCAGUCACAUCCCCGAGAGUCCGCUCCAGUUCUACGUUAACUACCCCAACAGUGGCAGCGUUUCUGCAUAUGGUCCAGGCCUGGUGUAUGGAGUGGCCAACAAAACUGCCACCUUCACCAUCGUCACAGAGGAUGCAGGAGAAGGUGGCCUUGACUUGGCUAUUGAGGGUCCCUCAAAAGCUGAAAUCAGCUGCAUUGACAACAAAGAUGGGACCUGUACAGUGACCUACCUGCCCACCCUGCCUGGCGACUACAGCAUCCUGGUCAAGUACAACGACAAGCACAUUCCCGGAAGCCCCUUCACUGCCAAGAUCACAGAUGAUAGUAGACGCUGCUCCCAGGUGAAACUGGGCUCGGCUGCCGACUUCCUGCUUGAUAUCAGUGAGACCGACCUCAGCACCCUGACAGCCAGCAUCAAGGCCCCCUCAGGCCGAGAUGAGCCCUGUCUCCUGAAGAGGCUGCCCAAUAAUCAUAUCGGCAUCUCCUUCAUCCCCCGUGAGGUGGGUGAGCAUCUGGUCAGCAUUAAGAAGAACGGCAACCAUGUGGCAAACAGCCCCGUGUCCAUCAUGGUGGUGCAGUCUGAGAUUGGGGAUGCCCGCAGAGCCAAAGUCUAUGGUCGUGGCCUGUCAGAAGGCCGGACAUUUGAGAUGUCGGACUUCAUUGUGGACACAAGGGAUGCAGGUUACGGUGGCAUAUCCUUGGCAGUGGAAGGCCCCAGCAAGGUGGACAUCCAGACGGAGGACCUGGAAGACGGCACCUGCAAGGUCUCCUACUUCCCCACCGUGCCUGGCAUCUACAUCGUCUCCACCAAAUUUGCCGACGAGCACGUGCCUGGGAGUCCAUUUACUGUGAAGAUCAGUGGAGAGGGAAGAGUCAAGGAAAGCAUCACCCGUACCAGCCGGGCUCCCUCCGUGGCCACUGUGGGCAGCAUCUGCGAUCUGAACCUAAAGAUCCCAGAAAUUGACAGCAGUGAUAUGUCAGCUCAUGUUACCAGCCCCUCCGGCCGUGUGACUGAGGCAGAAAUUGUGCCCGUGGGAAAGAGCUCGCACUGUGUCCGGUUCGUGCCUCAGGAAAUGGGUGUCCAUACGGUCAGUGUCAAGUACCGUGGCCAGCACGUCACUGGCAGCCCCUUCCAGUUCACCGUGGGACCGCUUGGCGAGGGGGGUGCCCACAAAGUGCGGGCAGGAGGCCCUGGCCUGGAGCGGGGAGAAGCAGGAGUCCCAGCUGAGUUCAGCAUCUGGACCCGUGAGGCAGGUGCAGGUGGCCUCUCCAUCGCCGUGGAAGGCCCCAGCAAGGCUGAGAUCACAUUUGAUGACCACAAGAAUGGGUCCUGCGGUGUGUCUUACAUUGCCCAGGAGCCUGGAAACUAUGAAGUGUCCAUCAAGUUCAACGAUGAGCACAUCCCCGAAAGCCCCUACCUGGUUCCUAUCAUUGCGCCCUCCGAUGAUGCCCGCCGCCUCACUGUUAUGAGCCUUCAGGAGUCGGGAUUAAAAGUUAACCAGCCAGCCUCCUUUGCUAUAAGGUUGAAUGGGGCAAAAGGCAAGAUUGAUGCAAAGGUGCACAGUCCUUCUGGAGCUGUGGAGGAAUGCCACGUGUCGGAACUGGAGCCAGACAAGUAUGCUGUUCGAUUCAUCCCACAUGAAAACGGUGUCCACACUAUUGAUGUCAAGUUCAACGGGAGCCAUGUGGUGGGCAGCCCCUUCAAAGUGCGUGUAGGAGAGCCUGGGCAGGCAGGGAACCCCGCCCUGGUGUCUGCCUACGGCUCAGGGCUUGAAGGAGGAACCACAGGUAUCCAGUCUGAAUUUUUCAUCAACACCACCCGAGCAGGGCCAGGGACAUUAUCUGUCACCAUCGAAGGUCCAUCCAAAGUGAAGAUGGAUUGCCAGGAGACCCCUGAGGGGUACAAAGUCAUGUACACCCCCAUGGCUCCUGGAAACUACUUGAUCGGGGUCAAAUAUGGUGGACCCAGCCACAUUGUGGGCAGCCCUUUCAAGGCCAAGGUGACAGGUCAGCGUCUGGUUAGCCCUGGUUUGGCCAACGAGACCUCCUCCAUUUUAGUGGAGUCAGUGACCAGAUCCUCAACAGAAACCUGCUACAGUGCCAUCCCCAAGGCCUCCUCCGAUGCCAGCAAGGUGACCUCCAAGGGUGCAGGGCUGUCCAAGGCCUUUAUGGGCCAGAAGAGCUCCUUCCUGGUGGACUGCAGCAAAGCUGGUUCCAACAUGCUUCUGAUUGGGGUGCAUGGACCCACCACACCCUGUGAGGAGGUCUCCAUGAAGCAUGUGGGCAACCAGCAGUACAACGUCACCUACGUCGUCAAGGAGAGGGGGGACUACGUCCUGGCUGUGAAGUGGGGUGAGGAGCACAUCCCCGGCAGCCCCUUCCACGUCACAGUGCCUUAAACACAGUUCCCAUCAGCCCCCCUCACCCGGGAGGAGCUCUCUGGUGGUUGCUUGCGUUGCUUGUUGUAACUUGUUUUUGUACAAAGUCCUCCAUCUACUUGUGGAUCUGAAACCCCAUCCUGAAAACAUUGCCAUUCUCACUUCCCUCAAAAUGAUGUCCUAGACUUGAUUCUCUAGGGACGAGGUGGGGGACUCUCAAGAAACUCAAACUCUUUGAAUGGGCUGAGAAGAUUCCGUGCACACCCAGUUCAUUGGACCCCUCGCAGCCUGGCUCAGCUCUCUGCUGACAGACCAAGAGUAUGGCCAAAUUUGACUUUAAAAAAUGAAAUUGGCUAUCAGAUUUGUGGAAAUAAAUAAAAUACAACUAAAACAAGAUGGGGGGGCCUGGGAGAAAGAGGAGAUUGUCAUUUAAAAAAUGACUUAAAACCA